AUGACCCAGCCAAACGAAAGAAAGAAAUAUGCAUUGUGUAUGUCGAAUGGAGUUAUGCAGCAUCUGUUGGUUCAGCCGGGCAAGAUACUUUUGUUUUUCGUCUAUUACUUUUCUUCAUUUUAUUUCUCCGUUCUUUUCUCUCUCUCUCUCUCUCUCGCUCUCGCUCUCCCCCCUCUCUCUUUCUCUCUAUCUAUCUAUCUAUCUAUCUAUCUCAGACUGUUAAUAUCUAUCUAUCUAUCUAUCUUAAGUCUGUUCAUAUCUAUCUAUUUCAAGUUUGUUCAAAUCUAUCUAUCUAUCUAUCUAUCUAUCUAUCUAUCUAUCUAUCUAUCUGUGGAUCCUACCACAACACUAUCUAUCUAUCUAUCUAUCUCAGUCUGUUCAUAUCUAUCUAUCUAUCUAUCUAUCUAUCUAUCUAUCUAUCUAUCUAUCUCAGCCUUCUGUUCAAAUCUAUCUAUCUAUCUAAGUCUGUUCAAAUCUAUCUAUCUAUCUAUCUAUCUAUCUAUCUAUCUAUCUAAGUCUGUUCAAAUCUAUCUAUCUAUCUAUCUAUCUAUCUAUCUAUCUAAGUCUGUUCAAAUCUAUCUAUCUAAGUUGUUUUUUUGUCUUUUUCUAUCUAUCUAUCUAUCUAUCUAUCUAUCUAUCUAUCUAUCUAUCUAUCUAUUAACCUUUCCUAUUUGUUCUUUAUCUUAUCCUUCUGUCGGAUUCCUAUCUAUCUAUCUAUCUAUCUAUCUAUCUAUCUAUCUAUCCUUAAGCCAUACCUUAAAACUAUAUUUUAUCGGUUCGUGUGUUUCUCUCUCUCUCUCUCUCUCUCUCUCUCUCUCUCUCUCUCUCUCUCUCUCUCUUUCGAUUCCUCGGUGUGCGGUAGUGUAA